CUCUCUGAUUUUCACUCUGUCUUCACUCCUCACUCUAUGUAUUAUACUGUGUGUUCACAAUUUCAGGAAUUGUCUUUGUUCAUGUCAUGGGCUAGAAACAUGUUUGUUUAUUUAUUUAUUUAUUGUGUGGUUUCUGAUACCUAUUUGGGAUUAGUUCUUUAAUACCUCCAAUUCACUUCGAUUUUGCUUAUAAAUUUGAGAGCUAUUUUCAUUCUCCGAAACAUUUUUGCAAUGUUAUCAUCGAGAUCUUCAGUGUUAUUGCAAAUUUGUUUGCUAAAGAUUCUGAAUUUGUUUGACAACAUAACAGUUGGUAAAUAUGCAACAAUAUUCUUUCGUUGUUGAACCUGCUGAAGUUUAUGGCAUAUGGCCACUAACUACUUACUGUACAGUGACUCAUUUGCACUCUAGAUGAUGACAUGGUAUCACCAACUAAUAAUAAACUUACAUGUGGAGUGUGAAUCCCACUUUCCAAAUAUAACUACCUUGCCACACAUACAUGGCAGAUUAAAUGGUAAGAAUUGAUUGGAUGGUGAUACCGAUGAUGUGGUAUUACACCGUUGCAUUGAAGUUUUUUUUUGCAAUUUAGGCAGGUGAAUUACUAAACACAAUGGGUAACAUCAAUAAUCUAAACAUUUGAAGGACAGAAGAAGUAUGCAAUGUGGCCUGUAUAGCCUUUACUUAUCUUCAUAAUCUGUGUGUUCGAGUUCACAUGCCCUGCAGUUGCAGUAGUAUUUCAUGUGGCCUAUGUCAAAUGAACAAUGAUUUAUUGACUCUGGAUUAAGAACCUUUUUUUAUUAGUAUACUUUGGUCUUGGAACCUUAAUUAGAAUAAAAGAAAUUAACGCCACCAUUAUGCCAUUGGAAGCCAUAGAAUGUCUAAAAAUUCAAGAUUGCAGAUAUUAUUAAAUUGUUUAUUAUUAAAAUGUAUUUAUGACAUCACUAUUGGAUUCUAGUUGGAUUGGUGGUGACCCUGGACCUGGUCCCUUUUCCAGUUCACUUGGGGGUUUGGGUUUCAAAAGAUGGAUUGGACAACUUUGUCUGAGAAUCUCCCAAUUCAAGUUUGGUAUCAGUGAAUUUGUGCCAUUGUAUUUAGGUUUGCUGAAAUGAGUUUUGUUUCUUAGGGUCCAAGAUUGAAGAACCUGAGAUCAAACUCUCGAAUUAUUUUCUUUCACCAAAUGGGCUAUAUCACCGAAUGUGCAAAAGAAAAAAUAUUAUUGCAUUUUCAUGGAUAUUGCACUCGAUAUUGUCUGUUAGUGGAGUUGGACGAGGGAGAAGGGGCAGUUGACAUUGCUGCUGAAGGAAACAUUAGUGUUGGUAGAGGUGAAGUUUUAGAACCAUAUGUGGGCAUGGAAUUCGAUUCUGAAGAUGCUUCCAGAAAAUUUUAUAUGGAUUAUGCUAGACAGAUAGGAUUUGUUGUGCGUAUUAUGCAACGCCGUCGUUCAGAGGCUGAUGGGAGAACUCUUGCACGCCGACUUGGAUGUAACAAGCAAGGUUUUUCUCCCAAUCAUGGCACAAUUGGACCAGAUAUGAAGCCACGGCCUUGUGCACGAGAGGGUUGCAAGGCAACGAUUUUGGUGAAGCUGGAGAAGUCUGGAAAGUGGGUUGUGACAAGAUUUGUGAAGGAGCAUAACCAUCCUUUGGUUGUGACUGAGCAAGGGCCUAGUAAUGUGGGUGAUAAGGAUAAGAAAAUAGAAGCACUCACUCGAGAGUUGCAGCGCCAGGACCAACUAUGUGCAGCAUAUCGAGAAAAACUACUUAAGUUUCUGGCUAAUGUUGAGCAGGAAGCUGAACAAUUGUCUUCAAAAAUUCAACUUAUUGUUGACAAUGUGAGGAAAGUCGAAGCUGAAGUGCAAAAACUCUCCCAACGUAGAUAACCUUGUAAUUACACCAAAUUUGUUGUUAUCAAUGUGUGUGGGACUUGUAUAUUCUCCCAACGUAGAUAAGCUUGUAAUUACACCAAAUUUGUUGUUAUCAAUGUGUGUGGGACUUGUAUAUUGUUGCAGCAUUCUUCUUUUUUCAGUCAUGUACAGAACUUAAUAGUUGAAUUGUUUCUUUUAAAAGUGGUUUAAAUAAAAAAAUAUACUGUAAUGUAAAAA